UUGAUUUUAACGUCGGGCGCUGUAAACUUCAGUGAGAGUGUGGCAAUGAGUCAGAAAAACAUGGAAAUACCCGGACCUUCUUCGUAUCAACCACCAGUGGAACAACUGAAAGCUGAGACUCUGUGCUCACAGGACACCAGUAUCUCUGCAUUCUUUAAUCCAAGUGUCUCUCAUGAAGCAAAUUGGCAUGAAAGCAGUGGCCCCAAAACUGCCUCUCUUCUUUCCCUUCUCUACCUAAUUUUCAUCUCCCUUGUGGGUGUUGCCAUCCUUUUGUCUGAGAUGCCAUGCCAUCUCCCACACAGCCCUCGAGCCCAUGGUUUCCUUAUGUUACUUAUGCUGGGCACCUCAGCCUGGAUGCUGUGCUUUGUAUUGGAAUUUAGGAAAAAGAAAAAAGAACAACUCUUUCAAGACCACCAUGCCGGAGCCAGCUGGCUUAAAGCUGGCCUGGCUCUCUUUGCCUUGGUGACUCUCAUCUUGGACUGUGUUUAUUUUGGCUACCAACAGGAGAUCCUCCAGUGCACCUCCCCACUGAUGGUGGCUUUCCCAUUAGUGCAGGCAAUGUAUACUAUCAUGCAGGUAUUUUUUCUACUUUCAUUUGCUAAAAUCUGCAUUCAGGAUCACUGCUGCUUCCACAGAUUUGGCUUGAUGCACUCUUUAGCUACAAAUAUUCUACUAUGGAUGAACGCAGUCCUGGAUGAAUCCUCAAAUCACCUCAAGGACCUCUUUAAUGAAUUAGUGGAAGAGUGUCAGAACCAGACCAACAUUACAGAUGCCCUGAGCAGUUGUUCCUGUUCGUCUGACCUGUGCCAUGUUUAUCACAAAGCGGUCACCUACCUGCAGCCCUUCAAUAUUGAAUUUAGCCUUUUCUCCUCUGCCUUGCUCUAUGUAAUGUGGAAAAACAUUGGACGGAUAUCAGAACACUUCAAAAUCCCAGAUCAGACAGAACAUCAACUCAGAUUCCGCAUUAAUACGGCUUUUCCCGGAUUGCUGUUGGGUGGUGUGGUUUUGUCUGCUACCCUGGGUUGCAUGAUUGCAUCUGGUGUACUUUUCAAAGCAGAAGAUACCUUAGCACGGUCUUUACAGACAUAUUAUAUUUUUAACUUAACUCUGCUUUCAUUAAUGUUUUUCGCAUCAUGUGUGGGUUCAAUAACCCACAGAUUCAAAAAGAAGCCAGCUUUCACCAUCAGGACAAAAAAUAUAGUGAGACACCUGGAUAUAACACUUCUUAUAAGCUGCUCUUGUGGGCCAAUGAUCACUUCUGUAUUCUCAAUGACUGCUUUGUUCUUCUCGGCACCUUUGGGAUUUUUAAGCUCCUUGAAUCUGUUUUUCUCUAUAUUUAAAAUAUUACAGAUCUUGGGGCAGAAUCUCUUUAUCACUGAAGCACUAUUCUGUGUACCUGGGAAAGGCAAAGAAUUUAGGGAAACGCACUGGAAUUAUUUGGAAUCUCCGCAGUCCACUCCACAGUUCACAAAUGUUGGAGUUGUUAAUGAGGCAUUUGAGAAUGAAACUAAAUGCAGUUUGACUUCCACAUCAGACAAAAACCUCCAUCUGAAGAUGGCAGAAGCAAAACAAUGCCAAAUGACUUUGCUUCAAAAUACGCCUUGCAUGGUAACAACUGUCCCUCUACAGACCUUCCCCUUGCCUACAGGAAGGAAAGGCAGAUUAACAAGUGUCAGAGCGAAGAUAAUGCAAAAUAUUUCUGCUUUUCUCCUUCUUAGUAACAUUGCUGUGUGGAUUCUCUACUCCUACGGGACACGUCCUCAUUUGGUCAGCAAGACAGAGCGGGACUUCUAUGGUUCAAUUCUCUGGACAAUGGUGGUCAACUCCUGCCAGCCCCUUGGCAUCUUCUAUCACAUGCACUCAGCAGCCAGCCUGUUUGAAGUGUACUGCAAAUCCUUAAAAAAUUGAUGACCAGUUUUACACCAUGUCUUCCCAAGAUGUACCGUUGCUAUUACAUGCAUGUUUGUGUGCUUUACUGAGGAGAAAAUACAAAAAAACAACUUAACUGUCUUGUGACAUAUAGCAAUAAAACAAGUAACUGACAAACUAACUAAUCAAAUAAUGUGACUACAAUAUAAAAGUAAAAAUUUAUUCAUACUAGGCAACAGAUUGGAUACAAUGUGCUAUCUCCUAGUAUGCCCUUUUCAUUAUACAUUUGUGAGCUCGCUGUAAUUUUAUAUACAGUAUUACCUAAGCUGAUAUUUAAAUCUGAUCUUUAAUUGAAAAAGAAAAUGAAAGAUACUCAGCAUAUUCAGUGGUUGGCACAACGGAUAGCAUUGUAGCCUCUCAGAACCAGCAUGCCGAGCUCAUAUCUUGGCCCCGUCAUUGCCUAUUCUCCCUCUGUCUGUGGAGCCUUUUUUUUUCCAUGGUUUUCCUCCCACUUCCUCAAGGAGGUGUAUAUUAAAGUUAGCUAGAGAGUCAAAAUCAUCCUUCUUGUGGACAGGCGCCUCAUCUAGGGGUGCUUCCUGCCUUGUGCACAAUGGUUCCAUCCACUCACAACAUAUGGCUGGUUUAAGCAGGUUUAAGAAUGUAAUGUUAGGCUAUGUAAAUCUAAACAAAUCAAGGCACAAAACUCCUAAUGUUAAAUUAUGCAUUUCUAAAAUAUGAUAUGAAGUGUGCUGAUUGUCCUAGUAGAAUAUACCAAGGCGAGGUCCUCCAAUUUUCUUCCCAAAUCCCCAGAAGGUAUGUAUUGAGCCCCUAGGGAGUGUGUGCAUGAGGGAGGCCUGUGAUGGACUGGCACUCUGAUCAGAUAGACUCCGGCCCCUCGACACCCCACUGUGAGAAUAUUACAGAAUUUUUUGUGCUAUGACAUAUUUAAGUACAGGCAAUAUCAAACGUAUUUGCCAGUUAUAAGUAUAAAAAGUGACAUAGGGUCACAACCAUUCAUUAUAUUUAAUGGUAAAGCUUUUGUGCCCUGAUAUGAACAGCCAAAACAAAUUAAUAAAAAAGGACCCUCCAUCAUUUCAAGUUACAAGUUAGCAGAAUACCUCCUGCUAGAACUGAUGAAAAAUAAUGGAGGAGAAAUUAGACUGAAACAAACAAAAAUAACUAAUUACUGUAGAUACUAAAUUUCUUUGAAGCACCUGUAAUAAACAGUCAGUAGGUAGGAAGAAAUAUUUAUAAGCAGUGUCAAACAAAAUUCAUAUGAAUUGCAACCUUAAUAAACAGUUAUUUUUAUAGCUAAUGUGAAUUUUCUCUAUUCUGUGAAAGACAAGCACUCAAGUGAUAAAUACACACCAUUUCCUGCUGGUAAUGUCUCACCUGAGUGUGUUUUAAGGAUGUAAUUAUGACAAUGGACUUAUACUGGACAAACACGCAAGUGGCAAAUACCAUUUUAGACUGGAUCAUUCCAUACUUGAGAUUAUUUUAAAUAUGUGAUUCUGACCAUAGACUCUUCAGAGUUUAGUUGCUAAAAAUUAGCAUAUAGCUUGAAACCUUGAUAAUGAGAACUAAAUACUUGACGUGUUCAAGAUACUCUGACAGAACUGACAGAAUUCUUUAAAUAAAAUGAAUACAAUUAACUUGGCUAAUGUGCUUUUUCAACUUUCAUUAUCAAUUUUACAGAUUUUUGUCAAUCUACAAAAUGCAUAGACUGCC